CUACAACACACAGAGAGUGUCUCCUUUCUCCAUCGAGCUCGCUGCAAAAUUAGACGCUGUUGGGGGCUUUACAUGGUACGGUGAUCGUUACUAAUUCAUUUCUCAUAGCAUACCUCUUGGAGUUGGGGAUUGUAGAACAGAGGUGUAUUGGAUAGUCUGAAUCCUUUGUAGGUAAACCUGCAAAACUCGUGAUGGCUCCCAAUCCAAGGGUUGCAAAAGCCUUCCGUGCUAUGAGAGAGCUUGGGAUUCCUGAAGAGAAAACAAAACCUGUGUUAAAGAGGCUUCUAAAAACCUAUGACAAAAAUUGGGGACAUAUUGAAGAGGAAAAUUAUAGAGUUCUUGCAGAUGCUAUAUUUGACAGUGACGAGGCAGAGGCUGAGGAAGAGAAGAAAAAGCGUGAGAAUGCUGAAGCUGAAGCAGCAGAGCAGAAAAAGAAACUUGAGCAAGCUGAACGAAUGAAAGUUAUUGAAGAAGAAACACAAAUUCCUGAAGAGCCAGAACGGCCUUUAAAGCGGCUGCGGUUAAGGCACCAAGAUGGACAAGCUUCACCCUCUUGCAUCAGCUCUAGCCCUAAUUCACGUGAAACACCACUGAAGGUGCCGAAGUUGGAGAUUGAUGAUCUUCCUUAUGCUAUACCUAAGUCUCAGUCUCGAGCACAGGCUAAAACUUCAGCAGGGGAGCCAGUAACAAGGAAUGAAUCCCAACCUGUUUCACCCCAAGCACAUGGUAGCAACAAGGGGAAGACACCUGUUUUAGCCAACACUUUGGCACCACAUCAUCUGGGAGAUGCUGAGAGAACCCAACCAGAUGUCGCAAAUGAAUCUGGAUCUGAUUCAGCUCUCCGUCCAAGACAUCUGAGAGACAAAGGGAAAGAACCUCUUUCACCUCAAACUGAUCCUCGAGAAAAGAGGUCAAUUUCUGAUAGGCCAUCCCAUGGAGUGCGCUUUAAAGAGCCAAAACCUAAACAGUUUCCCAAACAAAGCACUCUUGCAUUAAAAAAGCCCAAAGAUGAACCAGUCACAGAUGACUCCUCACCACGUGUGGUGCCUCUUUCAGUGAUUAGGCCAGAAUCAAUGAACAAUGGAGAUUCUACCGAACUGGUCAGAGAUGGAUCUCAGCUCUUAACAUCUCAAUCUGCUGGGAACAAAGAUCUAAGCACCCAUGCUCUAGCUGCAUCAAAUGAAACAAGUGAUCGAGAGCUUGCAAUGGUCCCUGUUGAAUCGACAGCAAAAUUAGAAAUCGCUUCCUCAUCCUCUGGGGAAAUCAAGAUUUCUUUGAGCUGCAACUCCUUGGGAAAAACAAACUUAUCUGUCACAGAUGUCGAUUCUCUGUUAAAAACAAUGGAAGAUAAAUGUCUUAAAUCGUACAAAGUCUUGGACCCAAACUUUUCCAUGAAGAAACUGAUGAAAGAUAUGUGUGAAUGUCUUUUGGAUGAUGAAACUGGCUCUACACCACCUAAUGGUUCAUUGGGAACAUCAUGUGCAGUGGAUGACGGAAGAAAAGAUGUGCCGCCCAAUGCCGAUGGCUCAGUCGGCAAUGAAGGUGAGGAUGGGGGGUGUCUUCCACCUUGCAAAGGUGUUGAUGACGCUUUUCAACCUGCCAUAGUGCAGAAUGGCAUUCAAGGUGUUGAUAAUGCUGGAGAUGAUUGUGAAAAUGACAUGCACAUAGAGCAGAAUGGGAUUCAAGAUUCAGAGCUACAAAAUUUGACGAUGGUGUCCAAUAAUCAGUUGAUUGCUGAUGACAUAAGGUCACUCCAUGAUGCCAAUGACAUAGCCAAAGGACAAGAAUCAGUGAUAAUUUCAUUGGUAAACGAAGUCAACAAUGAGUGUCCUCCAUCAUUCCAUUACAUUCCCCAAAAUGCAGUUUUCCAGAAUGCUUAUGUUAACUUUUCACUUGCUCGUAUUGGGGAUGACAAUUGUUGUUCUACUUGUUUUGGCGAUUGUCUGAAAUCAUCAACAGUUUGUGCUUGUGCACUGCAAUCUGGGGGUGAAUUUGCAUAUACAAUCGACGGCCUUGUCAAGGAGGAGCUUUUGGAUGAGUGUAUAAAAAUGAAUCGUGAUCCUCAAAAGCACUGUCUGUUUUACUGCAAGGAAUGUCCUCUAGAAAGAUCGAAAAACGAGGAGAUUAUCGAGCCAUGCAAAGGUCACUCUGUGAGGAGUUUCAUUAAGGAAUGCUGGUUGAAGUGUGGCUGCAAUAAACAGUGUGGCAACCGAGUCGUACAACGUGGUAUUAAACGUAAAUUGCAGGUGUUCAUGACACCCGGAGGAAAAGGCUGGGGUCUCCGCACCCUUGAGGACCUGCCUAAAGGUGCAUUCAUUUGCGAAUAUGUCGGAGAAGUACUAACCAAUGCAGAACUCUAUGAUCGAGUUUCACGAAGUUCAAACAAAGAUGAACAUGCUUAUCCAGUACUGCUUGAUGCUGAUUGGGGUGCAGAGAGUGAGUUAAAGGAUGAAGAAGCUCUUUGUUUGGAUGCCACUUAUUACGGAAAUGUGGCUAGGUUCAUCAAUCAUAGGUGUUUCGACUCAAAUUUGGUGGAGAUUCCCGUGGAAGUGGAGAAUCCUGAUCAUCACUAUUAUCAUCUUGCGUUCUUCACAACAAGAAAGGUGAAAGCUCUAGAAGAGUUAACAUGGGAUUAUGGUAUUGAUUUUGAUGACGAAGAACAUCCUGUGAAGGCAUUUCGGUGCCGAUGUGGUAGCAGGUUCUGCCGAAACAUCAAACGUCCAAAUAGAUCUAGAAAAAGAAGAUAUACAUGAAAUGAAGAUGUGUUGAAACCUGUGUUGGUAUCUAUCUAUAUAUCAAUCGAUCUAUGUUAUGUCUGAUGUAUGUAGUAUGUAUUAAAACAAAAGUGGGGUUGUUUCUGUUUCUAAUGUUUUUGUAUUAACAAGAUAUAUAUAAACCUGUAGUAGUAUUAGUAGUAGUAGUUUAGCUUUAAUGACACCUAACUUUUAACUUGUAUUCAUGUGGACUUCAAUUGUUGGGAAGCAUAAAAGGUUUUAUGCUGCAAA